CAGACGAAGCAUUGCCAGUCUGACAGAAAGAACGCAGAGGGUUCAUGGGUCAGAUCUCCUCUCUGCUGCUAUGAGUCCUCAUGCCUGGAUCUUUUGCGCCCUUCUCUGCAUCCUCACUUGUGAACGGAGCAAGAGUGCAUACAAAGGGCCCGUCCUGAGCCGAAAGCGGAGACUGGUAGAGGACGUAGCCGAUGGGGCCCCAAGAAAGUGCUCUUAUACAUUCUUGGUCCCAGAGCAGAAGAUCACGGGGCCGAUCUGUGCCAGCCAGGGCCCUUCUCUGCCAGAUAAAGAGCGUGUGACGCAGUCAAAUAUAGCUGACGUCCGGGAGCUCUUGACCAAGCAGAGACGUGAAAUGGACACACUCCGGAUGAUCGUGGACGUGGAUGGAAACAUGGUUAACGAAAUGAAACUUUUACGCAAAGAGUCGCGCAACAUGAACUCCCGCGUUACCCAGCUGUACAUGCAGCUGCUGCAUGAAAUCAUUCGCAAGCGUGAUAAUUCGCUGGAGCUGGCACAGCUGGAGGGACGGAUCCUCAACAGCACGGCCGAGGCGCUGCGGCUGUCUGCCCUCUACAGGGAGCUGGAGGUGCGCUUCUCUGCGCUGGCCGUGCUGGUCAAUAACCAGUCGCUGCUGAUCGCGGCUUUGGAGGAGCGAUGCCUGCAGGUGUACGGGAAUCACAGACGAGAGCCGCUGCCUCCGCCACUCGUGCAGGUCGUGCCUGAGAACAUCCCGGUGUAUGUGCCUCGCUUCUCGAAUGAGAUCCAGAGGAGUCAAGGCUGGCCCGUUCCAGAUGACAGGAGUUCCAGGACAGCUCCGGCACCCACAGGAAGUUCCCCUCAGGGGAACGUCAGUCUGGAGGGUCCCUUUCGGGACUGUCUUCAGGCGAUGCAGGCUGGACACUCCACCAGCGGGACGUAUCUCCUCAAGCCAGACGGGACAGAGACACCUGUACAGGCCUGGUGUGAGCAUGAUGUGGACAGAGGCGGCUGGACGCUUAUCCAGAGGAGGAAAGAUGGAUCCAUCAACUUCUUCAGAAACUGGGACAGCUACAAGAAAGGCUUUGGUGACGUGGAUGGUGAGCACUGGCUGGGUCUGGAAAACAUCUAUAACCUGGGCAAGCAGGAAGACUACAAGCUGCUGGUGGAGCUGGAGGACUGGAUGGGGAAGAAGGUUUACGCGGCCUACAGCAGCUUCCACCUGGAGCCCGAGAGCCAGUCGUACCGUCUUCGUCUGGGAACCUACCAGGGCAACGCCGGAGAUUCACUGACCAGCCACAACGGCAAACAGUUCACCACGCUGGACCACGACAACGACGCCUUCUCAGGUAACUGUGCUCAUUUCCACAAGGGUGGCUGGUGGUACAGCGCCUGCGGUCAGGCCAAUCUGAACGGCAUAUGGUACUCCGGCGGAGUCUAUCGCAGCCGCUUUCAGGACGGCAUAUUCUGGGCUGAUUAUGGAGGGGGGUUUUACUCCAUGAAGUCUGUGCGUAUGAUGAUCAGACCCAUUGACUGAAGCCGGACUGACUGACUUCAGCUUCUUCAUGGUCCAGUGGGAAACACAGUUUGUAUGAGUAAUGUUUGGAGUUUGCUUGAUUUACAAAUGAUGUGACAGAGAAAUGAAAAGUGUACAGUUAAAGAUGAAAGUAUAUCAUCACCAUUUUGUAAUUAAAAUUUAUAUCAGUU